ACAAGUCCCAUGGUUGAAGGAGCAAGACGUGGAUGGAAAAGCGCCUUGCGCGGCACACGUGGAUGGGGAUAUAUGUGGCAACCUGUUGAUAACGGAUUUAUGACAACGGAUAACUUUGUAGGAGUACAAUUACAAAAGUGACAAGAGACACAUUAUUGAAAGAAGAUCUUGUUCUUGCCGACGGCGAAGACAGAGUAAUAGGCUACUGCAUUCCCAUGGAAUUCAAACUUUUAGGAUAGUGGUAACAAAUGUGCUAACUUUUAUCUAGUAACGCUUAGGUGGCCUACCGAUGUCACACGUUUCUGUAAACGUGAAACAGUAUCAUAAAUAAUACAAAUGAUACUGCACGGUGAAAGAAUAGUCCUACAAAGCAAAUCGUUUCGUUAUUAUGUACAGUAUGAACACAUAACAGGUGUUUUCGGAGUAGUCAAAGAGCAUACUUAUUUGUAUACAUAAAUAACUGUCAAACGUGCAAAUAACUGAUCGGUAGGUAACCAUUCACCAAGAAGAAGCCUAUUUGAAAUGGUCUACACUUGCUUUAUUUACUGGGAAGAGAUAACUUGGAAAAUAAUUCAAUUAAAGUCUCGGUUCACAAUGAAACUGCUGAACUUACUUUGCGUUGUUGUCGGGUUGUGGAGGACAUGCCUGACGAACGGAAACUGCCGGAACCUCUUCAUUGACAGCUGUCAUUGCUCCUCCGAGAGGUCCAAGAAGUUGGGCAGACAAACGUUCCGGGUGAAAGUGGUGUGUGAUGAUGUGGAAUUACUGGACACUCUACAACCCAGUUUCUUACCCAACAAAACAGUUUCCCUGAUUCUCAGCAACAACAAGAUCUCACUACUGAGAAACGCCUCCUUCUUUGGCCUGACAAUCCUGGAGAAACUGGACCUGAGGAAUAAUUUGAUUAGCACGGUGGAGCACGGGGCCUUCCGCGGACUGGUGGCUCUGAGGAGACUGGAUCUGUCCAACAAUCGGAUUGGCUGCCUCUCUCCUGAAAUGUUUGUAGACCUUGGCAAUCUCUCUAAAUUGAAUCUAUCUGGAAAUAUUUUCUCUUCCUUGCCGGUGGGACUAUUCACACACCUCCUGUCUCUCGAAGUCCUGCACUUCUCUACCGAGUCUCUGUUCUGUGACUGUCAGCUGGAGUGGCUGCUGCUGUGGGCCAGGGCAAACGGCGUGCUUCUGGGCAACGACACCCUGUGUGUUUAUCCCACACACCUCCGCGGCCUGGAGGUCCACAACCUGAGGGAGACCCAGCUCAGAUGUGAUGAGCCUCUGGAGCUGCCCCUGUUUCAGCUGAUCCCGUCCCAGAGACAGGUGGUGUUCCGUGGGGACCGGCUACCGCUGCAGUGCACUGUGUCCUACCUGGACCCUUCGGUCACGCUGCUCUGGCACCACAAUGGCGACGUCGUCCACAGCAACGAGGACAGGGGCGUCUACGUAGAGGAUACCCUGGUCCAUGACUGCUGCCUGCUCACCGGUGAGGUCGUCCUCUCCAACAUCAACCACAGCCUGUCUGGCAUCUGGGAGUGCCAGGUGACCAGUUCCCGUGGCAACAGGUCCAGACAGAUGGAGAUCCUUGUGUUGGAGACGUCAGCACCCUACUGCUCAGCAGACAGGAUCAACAGCAACAAGGGGGACUUCAGGUGGCCAAAGACCCUGGCAGGGAUACUGGCCUUCCUGCCCUGUGCUCCAUCCACAUUUGGCUAUGCCCCCCGCCCUUCUGGUGCCGCUUCACACCACCUCACUCAGAGGGAGAAGAAGGCCUGGCGACGCUGUGACCGGGCAGGCCGGUGGGCAGAGGAUGACUAUACCCAGUGCCCAUAUGCCAGCGAGGUGACUCGCAUACUGCAUGAGCUCACCCAGAUGACCAUCAACACCAGCAAUGCCCAGCCGUUAGCCCAGCAGCUGGUAGCCUUCACCAGCAGGGCGGGGGACUUCAGCGAUGUGAUGGAUGUCAUCUUUGUCACACACCUGGUUGAGAGGCUGACUCGCCUGGUGGACCAGCGUAGAGAACUAGGGGACUAUAUCUCUGACAUAGCCAGUAACAUGAUGCUGGUGGAGGAACACAUCCUGUGGAUGGCUCAGAACGAGGCCCGGGCGUGUACACGCAUUGUCCAGUGUGUGGAGCGCAUCGCCGACUUGGCUCUCACCAUAGACACGCAGGUCAUAUCAAAGGUGUCCCCAAACAUAGCCAUGGAGGCCUUUCUGAUCAGGCCAUCUAACUUCCAGGGUCUUUCGUGUAUGGCAGUACAGAGAGCCCCCCUGCCACCCUUCUCUGGUCAGAGGAACCAGGAUGCCAUCGGGGACACGCUGCUCAACUUCAAAUGUCACACGGUCAACGGCAACGGCUCCCCCUCCAGCCAACUCAGCAAGAACUCGGCCGCAGUCGCCUCAAUCCAUUUACCGCUGGCUGGUACGCCUAGCCCCUCUGCGUUGCAAUCUGUUGAUAACUCGACUUGCAAGCUGCAGUUUAUUGUCUUUCGAAAUGGGAAACUCUUUCCUUGCACAGGGAAUUCGUCAAAUCUUGCAGAUGAUGGAAAACGUAGGAGCGUUUCGACACCAGUUGCUUUCACCAAAUUAGAUAGGUGCACCCUCGGGAGCGCGGUGCACUCCGUUACCAUCGCUCUCAGGCACUUCGCGCUGGGUGUAGACCCCACCGCAGCCUAUUGGGAUUUUGACCUGCUAGAUGGGCACGGUGGCUGGCGGGCAGAGGGGUGCCACAUAACAGACUCCCUGGGCAGCACGACCACCAUUCAUUGCACUCAUCACAAUAACUUUGCGGUGCUAAUGGAUCUGAAGAAGGUGCUUUCUUUCCCCCGUACCCUGGGGAGUUUCUGCACCCGGUCGUGUAUGCCUGCACGGCCGUUAUGUUACUCUGCCUCUUCGCCUCCAUCAUCACCUAUAUCGUGCACCACAGCACAAUCCGCAUCAGUCGGAAGGGAUGGCACAUGCUCCUCAACUUCUGUUUCCACACGGCUCUGACCUUCACUGUGUUUGCCGGAGGCAUCAAUCGAAUCAAAUACCCCAUCAUCUGUCAAGCAGUUGGCAUGGUGCUACACUACUCGUCCCUCUCCACCAUGCUGUGGCUGGGUGUGAUGGCCCGGAACAUUUACAAGCAGGUGACCAAAAAGCCCCUGCAGCCCCAGGACGGUGACCCGUCUGCCAACACCAAACAGCCCAUGCUAAAGUCAAGGACUGGUUCAGUGCACAAUUCUAUGCUUUCUUAUUUCAUUUCUCUCCCUACUAUACUGUAUGCUUUGUGUGGCCUAGAGAUGCUUGUCGGAAUCUGUACACAAUAGCAUUGGCCGGCUCUCCUGCCAGUACUUAUUAAAUCCUCAUUCUCACUAAAUCCAAGCCCUGGUGUCCUGCU